CGAUUUUCAGUCGUGAGAGCGCAGCGCUAGCUAGGUUUGCGAGCGGUGGUCGGGUUAAAAUUUUUGUUGGUGUGCAUCGCACCAAAGAAAGCGAAAAGUGAAUACAUAAUUUACAUAAAACGUUAGAGCAAUAAAAAUUCAACAAAAUCUAAAUAGCUGGUGAAAUGUAGCAAUCAAAAUCGGUAGAUGCCGUGUGUGCUGUGUAUAUGUGUGUGUGUCGCAGCAGCAGCAGCAGCUGCCAGCAUGUAUCUCAAUAGAAAUUGCAUGAAUCUCAAACGCAAGGCGCGCAGCGACACUAAAAACAACACCAACAACCACAACAGCAACGUGAACAACAACAAUAAUUUAUAACAACAACGACAACAACAACAAAAAAAAGCACAUUUAAGUAAUUCAACAAUUGAGAAAAUACGACUACUACAAUAAAGGAGAACUUUUCGCAAAAUGCUCGAAAUUCUAUUCAAAGCGACUGCAAUGCGGCAACAAAAAAACCAACAACAACAGCAACAAUUUAAAUGCAGGCAUUAAAUCUGAAACUGGACUGGGAGUCUGAAAAAUCGAUUGAGGAACAACGAUGCCGACAGACGAAACGGAGCCACAAACGAAAAUAUUGCGCACUUGCAAUUUUAGUCAAAGAUGGCGCACUGAAAGAAGUCACCUCAUUGGCACCUGCUAGCAACUGGGAAACAGUCGCCGAUAACAUGUCAAAAAUGAGAGGUCGUGUACUGAUACCGCUGCCCAAUACGGGGGCAAUGGGACGCAAACGCAACAAAUUUUAUAUGCGCAGCAUUUUCAUCCUGGCCCUGUGCAUCUUUGGCCUGCUGCAGUAUCACAACUUUAACUACUUGGAUAGUCGCGAUACGAUGGUGAGCGAUUCGGUGACCAAUGACUCGGUUGAUGCCAUAAUGUCCAUGGUGCCGGCAACACUGCACAAAUAUCUGACGCCACACACACGCAACCACAGCGCCGCGCUCCAAUUGAAUAGCAGCGGUGCUGCUUCAAUUGGCUCUGGUUUGGCGGCAUCGACCACAAUCAGCUUUGAUGUUUAUCAUCCGCCAAAUAUGACGGAGAUCAAGCGUCAGAUAAUCAGAUACAACGAAAUGCAGCUGGUGCUGAAUGAGGACAUUUUUGGGCCGCUGCAAAACGAUUCUGUGAUAAUUGUCAUACAGGUCCACACGAGGAUCAAUUAUCUGCGCCAUUUGAUUGUUAGUUUGGCGCAGGCACGGGAUAUAUCCAAGUCUCUGUUGAUAUUCUCGCACGAUUUCUACGAUGAUGAUAUCAAUGAUCUGGUGCAACAGAUUGAUUUUUGCAAAGUGAUGCAGAUAUUCUAUCCGUAUUCGAUACAAACACAUCCGCACGAAUAUCCCGGCGUCGAUCCCAACGAUUGUCCCCGGAACAUUAAGAGAGAGCAAGCUCUUAUCAGCAGCUGUAACAAUGCCCUAUAUCCUGAUCUCUAUGGCCAUUAUCGUGAGGCGAAAUUUACGCAGACCAAACACCACUGGUGGUGGAAGUCGAAUCGUGUCUUCAACGAACUGGAAGUGACCCGGUUUCACACGGGUCUCGUUUUGUUCCUUGAGGAGGAUCAUUAUGUGGCCGAGGAUUUUCUGUAUUUGUUGGCGAUGAUGCAGCAGCGCACCAAAGACUUGUGCCCCCAAUGCAAUAUCCUGUCCCUGGGCACCUAUCUGAAGACAUUCAACUAUUAUACCUACCACAGCAAGACUAACAAAAAAUCGUUUGCUUCCUCGCUGAUCUCGUCAAACAGUCUAUUAGGAUCGAAUAGGCAUAAUAAUAAUAAUAAUAAUAACAACAAUAAUAAUAAUAAUAAUAGAAACUCCAUUCUGCAGUUAACUGCGUCAUCAUCAGCGCUAUCAUCAUCCAGCACUUCAUUAAAGAAUGCGAAUGCGAAUGUGAAAGUCUAUGUGGGCGACACCGUCGAUGUCGAUAACGAUAACAGCAACAAAAAUAAAAAAAACAGCAAUAAAAGAACUAGCCACAUCAACACUGUCACCGCUACAGCCACAUCCAACACCAAUAAUAACAAUAAUCCUUAUAACGAUAAUAUUAACAACAAUAACAAUAACAAUUACAAUAGCAAUAAUAAUAUUAAUAAUAACAAUAAAAAUGGUGCACAAACAUGGAACUAUCAUGUCCUGCCGUCAUUGUAUUCCGUCUAUCAGAAGGUGGAGUCCAUGCCAUGGAUAAGCAGCAAGCAUAAUAUGGGCUUUGCCUUCAAUCGCACCACCUGGACGAGCAUUCGCCGGUGUGCGAGACACUUUUGCACCUACGACGACUACAAUUGGGACUGGUCGCUGCAACAUGUGUCUCAGCAGUGUCUCCAGCGCAAGCUGCACGCGAUGAUUGUCAAGGGACCCCGCGUCUUUCACAUUGGCGAAUGUGGCGUUCAUCACAAGAACAAGAAUUGCGAAUCCAAUCAGGUCAUCUCCAAGGUGCAACAUGUGCUGCGCAUAGCACGGACUUCCAAUCAGCUGUUUCCGCGCUCCCUGAUGAUGACGGUGCCCAGCUUGAUAAAGAAAUCGAAGCUACGCAAGGGCAAUGGCGGUUGGGGCGAUCUCAGGGAUCAUGAGCUAUGCCUGAACAUGACGCUGCCAACGAGAUAAAGGAUAUCACCAAAUACUAACCGUAGCAAAAAAGCCAACAAAAUAAAUUAAUACAUUGGCUUACUUAGUUUAAACAUUAGCUUUUACUUCAGUAGAACAUAAUUUAAAAUAGUUACUCUGAAAUACAAAAAGAUUGUGAAAGAAAAUCCCCCAAAAAAGUUUUCAUAUAAGUGGACAAAACAACUGAAUUAACAAACAAAAAAUACUACACGAAUUCGCAAUCAACGCAAAUUUGUGCAUAAUAUGCAAAUGCAAAAAAUCAGUGAAUCUAAUAGCAAAUUUUAUAACAAGAAACCAAAAUAUUUAACAAUGCUGCACAAUUGAAUUUUUAUAUACAUAAUUAUAAAUCAUCUAGUCAGAUUUGUAUAGGCCCAAAAAUCCUAAUGAAAUUCCACAUUGUGCCGUUUUUUCACUAUAUAUAUAUAUAUAUCUUUUAUGGUUUAUGUUCCGUCCACAAAUCAAGACCGAACUAUUCCCAUUAAAUCGGUGAUGUAAACCAUGGCGAUCAUUUCUAUAUAUAUAUAUGCAUAUAAAUAUGUAACUUGCAUGAGAUCAGUCUAACUAAUAUACUUUGUAAUAAUCAUCAAUCUAUAUACAAGUAGAAUAUACAUAUAUUUACAUAGCUGUAUUUUGAACAACAACCCCCAGAUUGUGCCGAAAGCAUUAAUAAGUCAAGAAAAUAAACGCAUCAACUAGUCAUAUAUAUAUAUAUAUAUAUAUACAAUACAGAUGGCUUAAUAAUUGAAUUGUACCAAGAAAAACGCAGAAAUAUAUAUGUGGAAAUCUCUUCAAUAACUAAACUAUUUAAGAUAUAAGAAUAUAAGCAUGUAAAUAGUUGAGGCCCUUUGUUGUAUAGAUUUCACAUAAGUUCUCUUAAUAUAAAAUAAGUAUUACAUUUAUGUAUUUGUUAUUUUUUAAUUGUUAGUCCAAGGCGCUUUUAUCUCAUAGGAUUUUCAAUUACAAAUUUGGACGUAAAUUAAUAUAUACACAUAU